AUGCCGCGAGGACAAAGACCAAAACCUUCGACUACUUUAGUUUCUGAAGAAAUUUUGAAAGAAAUCAAAUCGGUUCGACCUUUACGUUUAUUUAUUAAUAAAGAAAAACGAAAAGGAAUUGCAGAUAAUCCAUUUACUUUACGAGUAAAAUUUUGUCAAUUACCAAAAGAUAAACAAGCAAGAUAUUUACAAAAGUCAGUCGACAAAUAUAUUCAAUUACUUGAUGAAAAAGAUGUUGAUGAAAGUGUACAAAUUGAAUGUAAAUUGUUUGACUAUCUAUUAAUGAAAGGCGAACAAAAGAAAUAUUUCGAAUCAAUCAAUGCUCCACCAAAACCACCAGGAACAGCAGUGCCUUAUUAUAAUCAAAUUGUUAAACAAGAAACUGAUGAUGAUAGUGAACCAGCAUGGAAAUCUUUGAGUACAAGUGAAAAACAAAAUUACAAAAGAAGAAGAAAAGAAGCUAAAGCUGAAUAUUUAUCUCAAGUAAGAAAUUUUGCUAAUGACUUACCUGAACGUCUUCGAACAGACUUUUUACUGUUUGCUGAACCAUCGCCAACUAACCGUCAAAUAGCUCAUACAUCUUUUAUUAACGAUUAUGAUGAUAUUAUUUCUUCAGCAACUAUUCGCCAACGUCGUAAAUCAUUAACAGCAUUACCUGAAAGCUUACAACCAUCAACAAUAACAACAACAACAGUUGAUAAUCAACCGAAAUUAUCUCGAGGUCAACUUAAUAUUAUUCAUCAAUGUAUACCAAGUGUGCUCUAUUAUGAGACAAACGUUUCAGAUAAUGAUAAACCGACGUUUACAAGAACCAUGACAAAAAAUGCUUAUAUUCGAUCGAUGUUUAAUCAAAUAGAUGAAAGCGAACGAAUAAAAUAUAUUUUAAAGUCAGUUAAAAAAUGGAGCGAAUUUCUUCAAUCAAAUCCAAGUAUUAUAGAAAAUCAAAUUGCAACAUUGCAUUUAUUAUUAGUUAAAAAUGAAGAUAUAGUUGCGUAUUUUUCUGCUGUUGGUUUACCACAGCGUCCACCAACAACAUCUUAUCUACUAUACAAUUAUGAAAGAGUAGAAGCAGGUUCACAAACAUCUUGGACGGAUUUAUCUCCAACACAACGAGACGACUAUACUCAACGAUUAAUAGACUUGAAAAAUGAUUAUUAUCAAAAGCUAAUACAUUUUGUUGAUAAUGUCUUACCGUCGAAUCAUAUGAGAUACGAAUUUUUUCGUAAUGUGAAGUUUGCUAUGAAAGAUUAUGAACUAGCUAAUCGAUAUAGAACAUCGGAAAACAUUACUGAACCAAUGAACUUUGUGGAAUCUUAUCUACAAAAAAUCUCAAAGAGCAACGACAUUAAUCAAUUCAAUCAAAUCAAAGCACAAUUAUUAGCAACCGAAUUGACAAAUGAACAAAAACAACUUAUUGAAGACCUUACUGAACUCAUGCAUAAGCAUAUGCAAUAA